AUGGCACUUUCAUUAAACAAGUAUCGUCUUCUCCCACCAAAAAAUUUACCUCCCUUACACAAAACAUUCGAUCUAGGACACCCGGAUUUUUAUCCAACUUUAUUGGAUAAACCCGAAGAUCAAAUGACAGAAGAAAAUGUAAAGAAAGGAUACGCCUACACUCCGAUUUUUGAAGAUGAGACUGGAUCAUUCAAAAAAGAAUUCAAAAAUGUUAAAUCAAAGUAUACAUCCUGGAAAGAAGAUCUCAGUAAUCUCGGUGAAAUGAUGUCAGACAUAAUAAAAUUAAAUAAAAAUCAAACAAACAAAUAUGAAGUGGAAAAUACAUUCAAACCUUUAAAAACUGAAUGGAUGCCUCAUGACAAUAAAGAAAAAUGGUUAAGAGAUCUUGCCAAUAAUGUACCUUUGAAAAAAUUAAGUAAAAUUAUUCCCAACACCAUGGAUGGUAUGAAUUUAUUGGAAGAUAUUGUCAAGUAUAAGGUACCAUUAGCUCGUGCAACAUGGCUUACAAAAAUCGUUUUGAUAAACUCAUUUCCGAAGGCUCAUAAAUCAGACCAUCCAGUAGAUUACACUAAAGUUUUUAAUGACUUUCUUCUUGUACAAGCUAAUGAUUAUGAUUCUGAAAGAUGGAGAUAUUGUCAAAUUUUUUUUAGAUGGAUAUUGGAUGCUUUUGAUGCACCAGAGUUUUCACAAACUUCAAUGUGGCUACUACUUAUACAACAAUUCAUGGAUGAAUACCAAAAAUCUCGAACUCUUAUGAGAUUAUUGAUAGAGCUUUUACUAAAAAAAUUAAAUUAUGUAAAAUAUUUUUUUCGUGUUUGUGAAGAUUAA